UUCACAAAAAACGUAGCCGUAUUUAAUCGCAAUCCACAUUUGACAAUCAGUUAUCAAAUAAUAGUCCUCAAAUAUCGUUAACAGCAGUAGUCCCUUUGGACCAGUGGACACCAAAUACAGUCAAAAGAAGAAGGUGCCUGUUCCUGAAUGUUUUCGGUCACAGUGACAGUAUACCACAAUAUAAGUGAUAUGGCCAGUGGGUUGUGAACGUUGGAUUUGUAGUCUUAUCUGACAAGUGUAAAAUCUAGACUGUCCAAUUUGGUUACUUUAACGGACGUUACCAACGUGCUAACGUUAGCCCCUGGACUACUAGCGAACUUGAUCAGUAUGCUAUUGCUAACAGGCAGGGUAGCAGUCAGGAAUGGAUUGCAGCUUUUGGGUUUCUGUAUUGGCUCGAUAGCAGUUAGACUGCGAAAGUGUUGCAAAAUGCCAUGUACCAACGGGUAGUAUUUAAAAAGUGUGCCAAUCCAUCAAGUGUGGUAAGUUGGUUAUUCGUUCAAAUUGUAGCUUGUCGUGGUUGUACAUGACAUGUAUGUUUUUCAUAAUGUUUCGCGCCCAAAUGAGUUAGUGCUGGAGGUGAGAGAAUUAGCCAAUCUGUCACGGUUAACUGUUCAUACUCCCGGUCGUUGUCUGAGGAGGGAGAUUGCAAACAAAGGGAAAAUAAGAAGGUGCUUAUUCAUGAAUGUUUCGUUUACACUGACAAGAUAUCUUAACUUAAGGUCGCCAAAUUCCGCCCACUUCACUGAUCACUUCACUGAAAACGUGAUAAUGUCACUAUUUCAAAUACUAUUUAAUUAUGCUGUCGUAUAUUUGUGGGUAGCGGCAACUGUGUAAGCUUAGAUGAGGUAAUGAGCAAUAUUAGCUAACAUUGGUAGCCCUUUCUAUCGUAAUUUGGCGAUAACGUCCAGCAUGUCCAAAAUCUAGUUUCAGCACAAUUCACUGGCGAAAGGCUCCCAAUUCAGGCUUGAUUUCAGGUCACGUCGGUAUUUCCGUCAUUGUUUAUUAUUCCUUCAUGCUAUUGUGCUGAUUUCGUUCACACUUGUAGUCCUGGCUUUACCGAUGCAGGAACUGUGAUUAGUUUGGUCGUUACUGUGGAAACGGUUGAAUAAUUUUGGUCCUGAUCGACACAGGGAAGCGGCCAAAGGCGAGUUUUAGCCAGAAUGUCGUCGUGAAACUAAAGUUCCAUGCUGCCAUUACGACACCCUUCAUUACAAUGCUGUUUAUGACCGUUUGACUCGGUUUUAAAUGUCAUCACAGUCUCAAUUUGUAAGCAUACAAACUCUGUAUCAUGCCGAUAUCCAUUCCUGACUUAUACAGUGGAUACAUACAUUAACUAUCAUCACUUAUAAGUAGGCGGGCGGAAUUGGGGUACGGGCGGAAUUAGGCGACUUGGCUAUGAUAUGGGAUAGGGCUACUGCGCCGUAGUGUUGGUAAAAUCUAGACUGUCGUCGAAAGCAAAUAAGUAUCGUGCUGCUGCUUUGUUCAGUGUCGGUAUGGCAACAGCAGGGUGAUGGAAAGCAACACUUCGUAAUUUCCACGUUAUAGAAAAAAUAUUCGAUACCAGGACGGUGACAGUGGGUGGGAUGUUUGAAAAAGAGAUGGGAUACUUUCAAUGCAAAAUAAAUUUAAGACAAAAUAAGUGUUCAGAAGGGGUUUUAGUUUUCAGUUAGAGAUAUUAUGACCAAAGACCAUUUGAUCCCCCCACCCACCCCCAUUUUCUUUGCAUAUAUUAUUUGCACACUGGUAAAUAAAUUACUUGAUUUGAGCUGAAACAAUGACAUAUUUGUAUUGGUUUUUAGAAAUGUAGCCUAGACACUGUAACAUUUAGUCACUCCAGCUGUGCACUUAUCAAGCAGGCCUAUAAGCUUAGUUUGCCUUAUGGGCCUGCUGUACCUCCUCCACACAGAUGGACAAAAUGAAUAUAAAAGUGUGCAUAUGUGUUAAGAGGUAGUCUUACCAUUGAAAAUUGAUGUUUAGUUCACAUUAAUAUUUACCGGUAUGCAAAUGUGUGAUAUAAUCCCAACAUAACUGAUUUCUUUUCUCUGUUUCAGCUGCUGUACUAAUGGAUCCCCCGAAAUUGUUAGUCACCGUCUUCAUGGACGAGAAGGAAAUAAGCAAAAAAGUUCUUCGGUUGAGAUCACUACAAGAGGUUGUCGAUGCAUGCGCUCCAACCACAGGAACAGACAGCCCAGAUUGCUACAGGGUUAUGAAGUUCGAUACAGACUUCAACGAAUUCAUAGACACAGACUCUACUGACAGUGUUGAAGACAAGGACAAGCUCCAAGUAUUCUUCAGAUCGAGUGGAACCUCAGUAUUGGCUGAACAGCUGAAUACAUCUGGGGCUGCAGCAGAAAAUGUAUUUGCGGUGACGCAGAAUGUAGCUGUUCCAAGUGGCCAGCAGAUUUCAGCCUGCGAGCUUGAUUGUGAGGCAGUAAAGAAUUUUCUUCAAACAAAAGACCCCCGGAUAUUGGCCUUCUACGAGGAGCACGGGACUUUGACUGAGAAAUGGCGACGAGUAUUGGUGACAACCACGAUCAGCUACCUGGUUGAGAAAAAGGGAUUUUACCCCAACAGUGCUGACAAACAAUUACUUGCAAGAGCCAUCGUUACACUGUUUCCAGCGCUACAAAUAAAAAUGGAAGAGGAAAACGAAGGAUAUGAACAUUUCUACGAUCCUGUAAGCCACUCUGGCUUUCUGGAAGACAAACUAAGAAAUAUCCGGCGGAGUCUGAGGGAUGACCAGCGGCGUUACCGCAGACGGGGAGGAUCAUCUGAAGUCUUGGUUAGACUGGAGGAAGUUGUGGAAAGCGAUGAGUCUGUGAAAGAAUGGAUCACUGUAAUUAAGAGGAUGAAGCCUACUCCCGAAAAUCGGUCAUCGAUAAAGAUGGGAAUGGACAAAACCUACACACACCGAAGAUACUGGAUUUCUAGUCAAUCACCCACUCUGGCAGAGAUUGUGGAACACUACCCACGCUUCAUCGACAUGCCCUAUCUGAUUGACAGCGAGUUCGCGAGGAUGUUUCCAGACAAAGCAGAUGCCUUCCUCCGCAAAUGGGAACCCACCAUCGUCCCAAAGCUUCUGAAACUCGCGUGCCUUGAGAAGAAAGAAGACUACACAGAGGAUGAGAGUGCUGAAUCAAGUAGCUUCAGAGCCCUCAGGAUGCUCGUCCAGUAUCUCCCCCCUACUGCAUCAGGACGGAGUAAAGGGUGGACCAAAUGCAGUGUAAAGGCGGCAAUGGCCUACAUGUUGGAGAUAAAGCCAAUGGGAACCAGCAUCACGUCACUUCUUCAAACCAGUGGCACGGUCUGUGAUUCGUCAAAUCAACAAACCACCAAUCAACCACGCUUGGUGAGCCUGGGAUACCCCAACACAGGAGCCCAAUAUGUCAUAGUGGCCUCAAACGAUGCUGUGGCAAUUCCUCUUCAAGACGAAAGUCUAGCUUGCUGCCUAGAUAAACUUUUUAAACUGUAUUGGAUCUGCAAUCUUGCCUAUCCAAUUCAGCUGGCGUCAGUGUUUGGAUUCAUGGAGCACGUGUAUGGCUUGCAAAUAUCUGGUGGGAAGAGAGCCAAAAUUGUGGAGCUUGUUGCCAAGCUUCAGGUGCUUUAAAUUGAAAUCAUGUAUAUAUGUCCAGUGUGCAAGAAGCUGGUUUCUAAAGAUGUACGGAGGCUCAUAUAUCAUCUUAAGCAUGUCCAUGCGUUCUGUGACAGCCAGGAUUACACAUUAACAUGCAGUCAGGAAAAUUGCCCAAGAACAUACAACAAUUUCGGCUCUUACUCUAAACACUUAAAGAGGUGUCACUCACACAGUAAUUUAGUUGAUUUAGAACUACAUGACUAUGCCUCUAAUUUACCUAGCACUUCAAGUACACCAACUGCACCAACUAAUUCAAGUGCACCAACUGCACCAACUAAUUCAGAAAACGAGACAGACCAUAACGAAGAAAGUGUUGAGACUUUAUUGGAUGACAAAGACUAUCUAAAAAAAUGUGUUGGAGUUUUUGUUGCAAAAACAUACUCUGCAUCUAAUGCUACUCAGUCUGAUGUUCAGAAACACAUUUCCAUUGCCAGUGAUCUAAUUGAUGAAACUCUCUCUUCUUUACAACAACAAACAGUUGAUAUGCUGAACAUGUAUUCUAUACCACUAAAUGAUCAACCUGUUCAGAGUUUAAUGCAAAAUUUUGAAAGUGCUAGGAAUAUGUUUGAGGAAGUGGAUAGUACUUACAAAAUGUCAAAGUAUUUCACUGAUAAUCUGUCUAUAGUCGAGGCAAAGGAAAUUUUUUUGGGUCAUAGGGCUGAAACAACGCGAAGACAGGGAAAGUUUAGCCAAACCCUUGCAGCUGAUACUUGUCAGUAUAUCUCAGUCAUUGAUACUGUGAAAUUUCUUUUCAGCUGUGAACAUUUUGAAAGAGUCUACAGACAAAGUAAUAACAGAUAUGAUGACAAAAUGCAUGAUUAUUCUGAUGGUUUAGUUUUCAAAAGACAUGAAUUGUACAAGAAUCAACCCAAUGCUCUUCAAAUUCAGUUGUACUUUGACGAUUUUGAAACUACUAAUCCAUUAGGGUCCAAAACAAAAAUUCACAAGAUGGGAGCUGUCUAUUUUUGUAUACGAAACUUGCCAUCCGAGUAUAAUUCAGCCCUGAACAACAUUCAUCUGUGUCUUCUUUUCAAUUCGAUUGAUAAGGACACAUAUGGCUUAAAAAAGAUCUUUGAGCCUUUGCUAGAUGAUUUGAGAUUUCUUGAAACUAAAGGCAUUGAGGUAGAAAUCGGGGGUCAGAUUACUACUCUAUUUGGAACUGUAUGCAUUCUGACUGCAGACAACCUUGCGUGUCAUACACUCGGGGGGUUUGUGGAGAGUUUUUCGGCAAAUCGAUUCUGUCGAUAUUGCAUGGUUGAUAAGCAAAUGGCACAACAAGAAUUUGACGAUGACAGGCUUGAGAUGCGCAACAAAGACAAUUAUCAGCUGCAUGUUAGUGAAAAAAACCCAGCUGCUACUGGUGUUAAGGAGGAUUCUUGCCUGAAUACACUCAAAUACUUUCACAUCACUGAACAUGUGGGUGUAGAUGUGAUGCACGAUCUACUAGAAGGGGUUGCUCCUCUAGAAAUUAAGUUAAUGUUGCAGCAGUUUAUUUAUGUGGAGGAGCUCUUUACUCUAGAGCAGUUUAAUGACAGGAUUGUAAGCACAGACUAUGGUUAUAGUAAUGAAAAGAAUAAACCUAAUGUCAUAAUUAAUUUGAGGACAGCAGACAAUCCUGUGAAACAAACUGCCAGUCAAAUGUGGUGUCUUCUGAUAUUUCUACCUAUGCUUAUUGGAGAUUUUGUGAGUCAUGACAGUCAACAUUGGAAGCUAUAUGUAAUGCUUAGGGAUAUUUGUGAUAUAGCUUUUGCCCCGGUUGUAACAAAAGGAAUGGCUAUUCUUUUGAAACAAUUGACUAUUGAUCACCAUCGCUUGUUUAAAAGUAUUUAUCCCGAGAGAAAUAUUAUUCCUAAGCACCACUUUAUGAUUCAUUACUGGCGAUUGAUGUUUAAAUUUGGACCCCUUGUAAAAUUAUGGUGCAUGAGGUUCGAGGGGAAACAUAAUCCAUUGAAAAAACAUGCACAUGUCGUUUGCAAUUUCAUUAACAUUUCUAAGACCCUAGCAUUUAAGAAUCAAAUUAAGAGCAUGUUUGAUUGGAAAUUUGGCGAACCUCUUGACAAAAAACUGAAAGUGCCCAAUACCUUUCAAGUUAUGGUAGGGAGUCUUGUGAAACAUGAGCAGUUUACUGAGUGCAUGAAAAGCUUUGGACAAGACAUAAGUAUCUGCAGUAGAGUUAAUUUGUGCAGCAGUGUUGAGAUGUUUGGGCAUUCUUUCAAAACUGGUGGUGUAAUCGCGUUAAACAAUGACUUGAAUGGUGAGCGGCUCUUUGGACAAAUUACAUACAUAGUUCCCGUUUCUGAAAGUGUUGAUGCACUCUUUUUUCUCCAAAUAAUUACUGUUAAAUAUUUUGACGAUCAUCUUCACUCUUACGUUGUGGAGAAGACAAAUGAGUUUGAAAUGGUUAAUCUAAAAAAUAUCGCAUAUGUUUUACCUCUUGAUUUGUUUACGCAUCGUGAUUCUGAAAAGCACAUAAUACUAAGAUACAAACUUGUAUAGACUUUCAUUGAUGCUGUGCUAUGAGGAAAGUUUUGGUUUUAUAUAUGAGACAAAAAUGUAAAGUUUAACAAUGCAAUUAUCUUGCUGCAAAUGUUAUGAAAUGUUAAACAAUUUAAUUAUCUUGCAGCAAAUGUUGUGAAAUGUUUUUUGUUUUUUUUUGCCAUUCAAUGUAUUGACCAUUCUUAAAUAUGUCAUUUGAAUAAUAAAAUGAUUGUCAAUAUGUAA